AAGGUCAAUCUGACCGCCAACGGUUCAGCUACACAAAAGGUCAACUCUGUGCUUAUGUGUAUGUGCAGACAUGGAGACACUCAGCGGAAACAUAGAGCAUGUCUCACAGGUCAGAGCACUUCUUUGCCCCCUGUCACCCCAGGCGCCUUCCUGCAUGAGGGCGUGUCCACUGCAUCCCCAGUCUUCCCAUUGGUCAAUGAAGAUGAGGAGGAGCCAGAGCCAAGUCCUGCCAAACAGACCUCUCCAGACCAAGUGAAUGGAGCCCCAACCAAACCAGCUUUUAUUGACGGCGACAGGCUGCUUCAAUCAGAGUCUGUUACAGAUGCUGGUGACUGGGAUGACAUGGCUCUGACCAAUCAGAUGACCACGUCUCUGCCUGCACCUGCACACACAGUCAACACCGUUACCGCCACCCAAGACAACGCCACUCUCGCAGACAGCUCCUCCUCCUCGUCCCCUGUAAAGAGCACCUCCCUUGCAGGACUGACCUCCACCCUAGGGGACACAACAUACCCUGUCCCUGCUGGAGGCCACCUCACCACCUCUACUCCUCCUGCUUUAGAUACCACCCCACCUCCAUCCCAUGUUUUAACACCGAUCCAGUCCUCUGUCCAACCCAGCACCCCAGCACUGACCCCUGCUCCAACCCAAACCCUCACUACAGAGCACACCAAGACCUCCACCCCAGUACAUGUCCCUGCUGGCCCGCCUCACCAGGAGGUUCCAUCAGAGCUCACCGUUGGAGAUGAGGACAAAGGGCCACACCUCCACUCUUCUCUGGACCCUUUGCUGGCUAGCCUGGUCUCUAUCUUUAUCAUCACCACAGCCAUCGUCUCUGUUGUCCUCUUCCUCAAAUUCUGCCAACGGACCGAUCACCCUGACUUCCACCGACUGCAGGAUCUACCCAUGGAUGACUUGAUGGAAGGCACACCACUUUCCAGAUACACUUACACCUACUGAUGACGGAACCCUCUCAUCAUCAACAGUCAACUUUACUUCUAGCCCAGCUACACAGCAGACACCCAAUCGACCACCGUUUUGGAUCCUGGCAAAGCUUUUGACUGGAUUGGAGGCCCUCUGCCAGUGACCAUGUUGCCUCACUAUGAUUCCCCCUGCUGAGCAGUUUCCAAUUUGAUUGUAUUAUGUUAACAAUUAGAAGGCAUUCAAUACCCAAUCAGGGGUUGCAGUAUUAGGACAUCAGAGGUUCCGUUUCGACAUUAGGCCAACACCAUCAUUAUUCCCUUUGAAGCUUUCAGACAUUUCAUCUGCACAGAGGUCUGUUUUGUUCUUUGUAAUGUACCCCCCCCUCCUUACA